UUGAUCAAUUGUGCAAUCUUUCUCUUCCGGUAGCCAACAUGAAGGUCGAACUUUGUGCAUUUAGCGGCUAUAAAAUAUACCCAGGCCAUGGGAAAAGAUUGGUCAAAAUUGACUGUAGGGUUUUCAACUUUGUCAGUAGUAAAACCGAGGCAAACCACUCCAUGAAAAGGAACCCUCGUAACAUUAACUGGACAGUAUUGUAUCGUAGGAAACACAAAAAGGGUUUGAUGGAAGAAGUUGCAAAGAAAAGGACUCGUAGGACACAAAAGUUUGCCAGAGCCAUCACUGGAGCAACUUUAACAGACAUUAUGGCUAAAAGAAACCAAAAGCCAGAAGUUCGUAAAGCACAAAGAGAACAAGCCAUAAGAGCUGCAAAAGAAAAAACAAAGGCAAAGGAUGCCCAAAAGAAACAACAGAAGGCUGCAGCACCUAAAGUGAAAGGUGGUAUGAAGGCAAUGAAGUCCGCUCCAGCAGCAAAACCCCGUGUUGGUGGAAAACGAUAAUUUAUUAAUAUAGACAUGUGGAGUA